AUGCAAAAGAUGACCAAGGGUCAAAGGAGCCAAAAGGUACACCACCAUGUAUCAUUUGUCCAAAAGGGCAGAAAGGUGAUCCAGGAACAAAAGGCGCAAUUGGUGACCGAGGGCCGACUGGGGCAACAGGUCCACAAGGGCCGAAAGGUGCAAAAGGUGACAGAAGGCCGACGGGGGCAACAGGUCAACAAGGGCCAAAAGGUGCAACUGGUAACCGAGGGCCGACUGGGGCAUAUAUUCGCCAUCGACAUUUCAUGCAGCAUUAGUCCAGACACGCCUAACCAUCGACAAGUUGGAGCGGCAAAAACUGAUGAUGAUGUCAAACAACUCAUAGAAAGGGUUGAUAAACUGGAAAUCCUUGUUGAACAAUUGAGCUGCCAAUGGACAUCUUGGUCGCCAUGGAGUGUUGGUCGUUGUUCUAGCUCAUGUGAUGGAGGGACACGUCGGGAUAGAAGAACCAGAAAAUACACUCAUUGUGUAUCUGGGACAGUUACAGAAACAAGGACCAUGUCAUGUAACACACAGAAAUGUAUGUACUGUGAGUGGGGCAGUUGGACAUCUUGGUAUGCUUUUGAACCUUGUCAACUUAGUUGCGACCAAGUGGGAAUAAGAACACGUGGAACACGUUACUCUUUCUGGGGGAGUACAACUAAAUGCAUAGGAUCUUCGUUUGAAACACGUACGACUAAUUGUAACACUUUACCAAGAUAUAGAGUCUUUCUCCCUGAAUUACCUCCAAAUUGCGAACAAUAUAGGCCAACAGCCUACCCAUAUAAGUAACAGCCUGAGAAAUAACUAUAUAGUUCUGAUGUUUUCAUUCUCUAAUACUCUAAAUGAUUAAAAAGUAGCUAUCGUGGCAUUUAAAGAGAG